AUGCGUUCGAGGAGCAAGGCAUGUUCUUACCCCCCACAACAAGACGAGCCCACUGCCAGUGUCGCCCCACAAAACGCGUCGAAAAGUGAUGAAGCCACACCCAAAGGUUCAAGCAGCUUGGCGAGCGGUGGGGUUGUGAAAGAAAGCCCAGGGCACGAGAUAUUCGCCCGUCGCGAAGUAUGGAAGUCAUCUUCAAUAGGGGCUUCAUUGGCGGUAACAGUCGCUUCCAAGGGCGAACCUGGCCCGAACGAAACCUUUUCUAUAGAUAACGGUACUACUAUAACGGAUUCGAAUAGCAGCAACCAGGAUGAACAGACAAAGAGGAACCAGUCGGGCGUUAGGCAUCUUCGCAUGAGUUCCCAAUUAUCCCCUUAUAUGGACAAGUACCCUAUCAGCGGGAUAAUAAUGAAAACGCGAUAUCUCUCUCAAUCGCAUUGGAUGUUUUCGAUGACAUUGUUGCCGUAUUCCUUAGAUUGGUAUGACGAACAGUUAAGACGUCAAGGAGCUAUCUGGCAAGACUUGGUAACUUGCAGGUUACUCGCUAGAUCCAUCAAAGCUGCUCGUAUUCUCUCAUGGACACCCGGGCAGUACGGGAAACAUUUACCGACCAAGGUAAUAGCAGACGAUUUACUUGAUGCGUACCUCCGUACUUUCGAGACUAUAUAUCGGAUCAUUCAUGUUCCCACAUUCAAGCGCGCGUACGAUGCCCUUUGGGAGAAUCUUAGCAUGGCAAACUCGGCUUAUAUGGUUCAAUUGCAACUCUGUCUCUGUAUCGGCGCUUGUUUCUACGAUGAAAUAUUCUCGCUUCGUCCCCAAGCUCUUCAAUGGAUUGGGGAAGCGGAACACUGGCUUCAAUCAUCAGGAAAGCUUCGCCUAACAGUUUUCGGUAUUCAAACAAUGUGCCUAUUGCACUUAGCCCAACAAACAGCUCAGCAUAUGCAAGAACACCAAAUCUGUAUCAACUCGAGCGCAUUGGUCAGAGUUGCGAUGACCGUUGGUCUACAUCGCGAUCCAACAAGGCUUCCGAAUAUGCCCCGAUUCGAGAUCGAAAUACGACGACGAUUAUGGGCAACGAUACUCGAGCUCGCGUUGGACUCUGGCGUUGAUGCUGGUGGGUCAUCUAUGCUCCCAUCCGACGAUUUCGAUUGUACCUUACCAUUGAACCUAAACGAUGUCGAGCUUGAGAUUGAUAAAUGUGGUGAAUUCAUACAACAUGAAGCGUCUGAAUUUACUGAUACAUCUAUUCAAAUCGCGCUAGGUCGGACAUUCGCAUCACGACUUUCUAUUGCGAAAUACGUUAAUGGGAUAAAACCAGACAAUCCUUACGAGGAGACUUUGAGACUCAGUUCAGAAUUAAUGACAGAAUAUCGUUCAUUGAUCAAGUCGCUACAUUCUCUUCGACCACAGCCCGGAAAGUUUCAGCAGCAGUACUGCGAACUCAUGUUUAGUCGCUAUAUCUUUGCCUUGCACAUAGCAUAUAUGCCUCGAGCGUCUAGCGAUCCGGCCCAGUUUUACUCCUCCCGAACUAUAUGUGCCGACACAGCUUUAAGACUUACAUCAUUUUUCUUGCCACAGUUACCCAUACCACAGGAGCCUCCAUCAUUCUCAACCCCAUCCGACUCAUUUCGGAUCGAGCAGAAUUUCUGCAUUGAGACAGUUCGGCUUUUUACCUGUGGCUCUGCCUCAUUUAGGUCACUACCUUGGCAAGCUGUCAUGGUCAUCGCGGCGGAAUUGGCAGCAACAGUAUACCAGAUCCAUGAUACAUCCCCUUGGAUGGGAGUCGUACCAUUUAACCAGACACAAAAUGGCAACAGAAUUCGUAGCAUCGAGCUAUUGGCAUUACUUCGUGAGGCUAUAGAUUGGACAAGAAGACGUGUCAAAGCCGGUCAGCUCAACGUUAAAGACCUUCUUUGGAUCACUGUAACACGAGCCGGAAUUGAGGCCAUAAUGGAGGGCGCUCCGGCUGAGCCGGCCAUGGACUCUAAAGGGAAGGAAGCAUUAGCUGAAGCUAUAAUGAUCCUUGCCGAAAUAACGGGUACCAGCAGAACCGUCAUUGAUAAUAACUUUUCAGACUUAGAAGAUCAAAGACCUGGUGCUUCCAACGAUUUUUGGUCUAUAGGAUUCUCUGGCACGGAAUGGGAUACGUUCUUUAUGUAG